AUGCCCGUUAGGGAGUUUAGGCAAACUGUUUAUGAGAAUUAUGAGGUUGAGAUUUCUAAAUGGGUGGCUAGAAAAACAAGAGCCAAGACUAUACAGCUUAUUAAGGGGUCUGCAGAGGUACAAUACAAGAAAAUUUGGGAAUAUUGCAAUGAGAUAAAGAAGACACGUGAGGGAAGUAUUAUGGAGGUCAUGUUUACCCCAUUCAGACUGCCUACAAGUAAUCCAAGAUUCAUGCGACUAUACUGCUGCCUUAGGCCACUUAAGCAAGGCUUUAAGGAUGGUUGUAGGCCUAUUAUAGGCUUAGAUGGAUGCCAUCUAAAAGGCACUUAUCCAGGACAAUUACUUACUGCUCUUGGAGUGGACCCUAACAAUGGUUAUUGGCCAAUUGCAUGGGCAGUUGUGGAGAAAGAAGCCACAGAACAAUGGAAAUGGUUUCUGAAGUUGUUGAGAGACGCGUCGAAAGAGGGAUUUUGGAAUAUUGCAUAUUGUACUACAUCUGAGCACUUCAAUGAGGCAAUGUCAAACCUGGAGACGUAUGACAAGGAAGCACAUAGCUGGGUGAAAAAGGCACCUCAUCCUCGGCAUUGGUGCAAGACAUUUUUUCCAACUCAUACCAAAUGUGAUAUACUAGUCAAUAACCUUUGUGAAUCUUUCAAUGCUCAUAUCCUUGAAUUCAGAGAUCAUCCUAUAAUUUCACUACUGGAGACUAUCAGAGAAUAUAUUAUGGAUAGGAUUCAACAAAGAAAGGCAGCCAUGGAGAAAUGUAAAGGUCCUAUUGGACCAUUGCCCACCAAAAUUGUUGAUGAGAGGGUGAAGCGUUCAACUCACUGGAAUCCUAUUUGGAAUGCUGCUGUUGCAGCAAUUCAUAGGAAUAAUGGAAAUUCUUAUAACGAAGUUGAAGGUUGCUACAAUGCAGAUCUAUUUUUGAAGAUAUAUUGUAAUAUCUUCGAACCAAUUAGUGGUGAAAUUUUAUGGCCCCCAUCCAUCAUGUCUAUAUUGGACCCACCACUCACUGUUGCUCAACCUGAGAGGCCAAGAAAGGCUCGAAAGAGAGACAUCACAAAAGGAAAAAAUCAUGGUAGAAAACUGAGAAGGAGAAUUGUUAUACAUUGUAGAAAGUGUGGAAAGGUAGGUCACAAUACAGCUACAUGCUGCAAAGAAGGGUCUACUCAAUCUAAUCAAGUAGAAGAGGAUACUGAUAUUGGUGUACAUACUCCACAGGGUGCAGAAAAUUCUAAAAGUCCAAAGUCUUCUACGAGGCCAUCUAAAAGGCAGACUGUUAGAAAGGACCAGUAA